UCUUUCCCUCAAUAUUCUUUACACGUCAAACCCAAUUUUAAUCUAACUUUGAGAGAACUCACUCAAAAAAAAAAAAUGUAUGAAAAGUUCAUAAUCUUAUCAGCAUUUUUCUUAACGUUUCUCCCUUCUUGUUUCAGCAGCUACCCAUACAAUCAUAGAGAUGCUGAUCCUUUCAUGUCUUCCGAUGUUUAUUACGAAACCAAUCAUCUACAUGGUCACAUUACUCGCAGCAGUCAUACGAAAAAUCGCCAUGGUAAUUAUGCUCCUAGAUCUUCUCCUCAAGCUUUUAACGUCAACUCUUUUGGUGCUAAAGCCAAUGGAAACGACGAUUCUCAGGCGUUCAUGAAAGCUUGGCAAUCAGCUUGUUCGUCCACCGGAAUAGUUUACAUCGUGGUUCCGAAUAAUAGAAAAUACAUGCUUAAACCGGUCCAAUUCUCUGGUCCAUGUAAAUCAUCCUUGAUUGUUUUUAAGAUCUACGGAAUGAUUGAGGCAUGGGAAAAUCCAUCUGACUACAAGGUACGUAGGCACUGGAUUGUGUUUGAAAAUCACGUUAGCGGAACUCGCAAUAUCUUAAUUCAAGACUCUGUCAUCCGUACUGGUGAUGAUUGUAUAUCGAUAGUGAGUGGGUCAGAGAAUGUGAGAGCGACAGGCAUUACUUGCGGGCCGGGUCAUGGAAUCAGCAUUGGAAGUUUGGGAGAAGGUAACUCAGAAGCAUAUGUUUCAAAUGUGGUAGUCAACAAAGCGACUCUUAUAGGAACCACUAAUGGUGUGAGAAUCAAGACUUGGCAGGGAGGACGUGGAAUGGCAAAGAACAUCAUAUUCCAAGACAUCAUAAUGAAAAACGUUACAAACCCAAUAAUCAUCAACCAGGACUACUGCGACCGUGUUGAAUCAUGCCCCGAACAGAAAUCGGCCGUCCAAGUGAGCAAUGUGUUGUACAAAAACAUACAAGGGACGAGCUCAAGACCGGUAGCUGUGAACUUUGCGUGCAGCAAGAGCAUCCCAUGUCGAGGAAUUUCAAUGCAAAACGUUAAAUUGGUCGACCAAACCCAACAAGAUGUCUCCAAAGCUUCUUGCUCCAAUGUGAGGUUGAACACCCUAGGAAACGUUUCUCCUCUUUAUCACUGA